CAAAGUUACAGCAGUUAAGUAAUGUUGCGUUACCAAUUUCUAACGAGAGGCCUUUACCCUCUGUUUUGCAAGCCGCCCCUAAUUUGAAAACGAAGGCUUUUCAAGACAAGAUGAUCUUUAGGAAGGAGUUUAAAAUUGGUCAAAAAGUCAUUCUAUACCAAUCAAGGCUUCGUUUGUUUCCGGGUAAGUUGCAUUCUCGUUGGAUUGGACCUUUUGUUGUUACUAAUGUUUUUCCUCAUGGUGCAGUUGAAAUUCAAAGUUUAGCAACUUCCAAAGUGAUUAAGGUGAAUGGCCAUAGCCUUAAGACUUUUUAUGAAGGUUUCCAAAUAGAGAAUGUGGUAAAAUUGGACCUUGAGGAUCCAAUUUAUACUGAUUGAAAAAAGACUUGCGUCGAGCCAACGACAAUAAAUAAAGGCGCUGUUUGGGAGGCAACUCAAAGGGAGUUUGUUUUCUUAUUCUCAUAUUUAUAUUUUUGUUAUCUUUGCAUUUUCUUUGCAUUUCACCUACAUUGGGGACAAUGUAAGUUUUAAGUGUGGGGGAAGGAAUUUAGGAUGUGUUUUAAUUUGUUUUUAAAAAAAAAAAAAUUUGCUUUUCGUUUUCAAUAAUUUUAGGUUGUGUAUGCCAUGAGCAGAUUCAAUUAAGUUUGAAAAAUUCAUAACAUGAUUGAAUAGUAAUCUUUCGACUUAGAAUUAUUUAGUUUGAUUAUUUUCCUUGAGAUGGUUGUGACUAAAUUUGGUAGACAAAAGCCGGUGAGAUUUUGAGCCUUUAGACUGACACAUCCAUAUCAGUCUCACUAUUUUCUUUCAUGAGAGAUAUUCUUCCAUGGAUUUGUUUCUCCAGAACUUGCCUUGAUUCUCUUUCGAUGUCAUAUUGACACAUGCAUGCAUGAACAUGAUUAAAGCCCUUUUUGUUAUAAACCACAUAAAGCCAAAUAGCCUACCUUGUAAUUAAUUUUUCCCAUUGUUGAACCCCUUUGAGCUUUAUCGCUUAUUGUGAACCCACAUUAUAAGCUUUAAACCCGAAAAAUAAUGUCUUUACCCAAGCCAUAAAACCAGUGGAGCAUUGUUCAUCAUUAUGAUAUGUAUGGGUAUGGAAGAAAUAAGUGUGGGGGUAUCUAGAUUUGUGGUUUGGCUAUGACUGGUGAAAUGGAACAUGUUCUCAUUCUCAAUUCAUGAGUUCCAUUAUUGAUGAAAAAAAAAAAAAAAAAGGAAGAAGAAGAAGAAAAGAAAAAAGAAGAAGGAAAGUGAUGGAGGAAAUUACUUUUGAUAUUACAAAUUGUCCAUGUUUAUAAUUCCUCCUAAAAUUCAAAAAAAAAGAAAAAAGAAAAGAAAAAAAAAAAGGGAGUUUGUUUAUACGUGAUAUAUACAAAUUGAAGAAAGCUGCUGAAUGGAGUAACUGGUUUUACAUGUCUUAUAUAUUUGAGCUUGAAUUGAUUCAAUUUUUGCUCCACUAGUUUCAAUGGCUUUUGAGCUACACUCCCAAAUAUUUCCUACCUUGAUCCUAAACCCCGUUACAACCCUUGAAAAGUCCUUAUGAUUCAUGUUAUGCAUGUGAUUCCAGUGGUGGAGAAUGAGAAGAUAUGCAAGCCUAUGGUAGAUCAUUUCCAUUGGAAUGAAUUUGAACGAAACACAUACCCUUCAAACACAUUAGAGUCGAGUGUUUAUUUCCGUGAGGGUCUACAUUUUUAGUCUACUCCAUCUUCAAGUGAAAAUUCUUGCUAAAUAAUUUUAAGCUGUUUUAAAAUGUUUGUUCAUGAUAUGUUAUGAAUUGUGAAGAGCUUGGUUGUUCCUUGUUGAUGGUGUUGCAACCUUGGUUUUCUUAGGAAGGUGAAUUUGAGAUUUGUUCGAGGACGAGCAAAGGUUUAGUGUGGGAGAAUUUGAUGAGAAUGUAAAAUGUUAUAUUUUUCCCCUUAAUAUUUAAUCCCUUAUACUUAUUUAAUGCCUAAAUGUACUAAUUAUUCUUAUAUUUUGAUUUAGGAUAUAAAUUGAGGCAUUAAAUGCAAAACAAGCUAAUUGGGCGAUUUUGGACAGUUUCGACAUCAGUUCGUAAUCUUGGUAUAACUCUCUCAUAAAAGCUCUGAUUGAGAUGAUUCAAGAUGCUGUGGAACACCAAGAAAACGAUCUACAACUUUCAUGUUUGACGUUUUGAGAGAUACUGAAUGUAUCAAGGUCGAAAUCGGGCUUGAAGUUGACGUUCUGAUGUGGAUCUGAUGCGGUUUAAUUGCGGAAGUUUUCAGAUAUGGAAAUUUCUUUACUUUGAGACUUUCCAUAAUCAUCCAAUCAAUUCCAGCCAAGCCAAGCAAUAAAUACAAAGUUAAGCAAAAGGAAGAAAAGGAAGGAAAAGAUGUGUAGAGGAUCAAGAAAAUAAAGAAGAGAUUUGUGGAGACCACGUAAAGAAGACAACAUAAAAGGAGCAUCUCUUUCCAUACAAAGUCAACAUCUCUUUCCAUACAAAGGAAAUUGACUUUCUCUCCAUACUUGGCUGAUUUAUGGGGACUUAAACAAGGAAAUAAUCGAUAGAGCAUGUGGCAACAAAAGUCCCAAUUGAAAACAUCAUCUUCCUAGUUAUCCUAGCCUUUAUUUUAUGUUUAAUACUUUCCUUAAUAAAUUAGAUUUGUGUAUUGUUAUUUUAGGAUAGUAUUUACAAUAUCUUUCUUUAGGAGAUUUCCUAGGCUUCUAGCAUAUGGGAUGAAACGUGUAUAAAAGGGGAGAACCAUGACACACAAGACAUCAUCUAUCUUCCAUCUUCUCCCCUCUUCUCUAACUUCCUUGAGUUUUAGUCAUGGCCCUGCGUGGCUAAACUUUCAUAAUAGGUCGAAGGAAACGGAUGCCUCGGAAUCAAUAAAACUGUGAGAUCUAAUUUGUUUUUAUUGUUCGAUUUA